CGCCGGGCAGGCAGUCAGUCAGGCAGGCAGGCAGAGCAGAGCAGGGAGGCCGGCGGCGGAGGGAUCCCGCGGAGCGGUGCUGCGGCCGGGCCGGGUGAAUGGGAUUGAAGAAGAGUUGAGCUUCCCGGCUUGUUUUUGUGUCACAGUUUCUCUCCUCCGGCGCCCCGCCGGCUCCGUGCCUCCCUCCCCGCCCGCCCCCUCCUCCCCGCCGCAGGAGGAGCCCCCCGCCGAGGGGGGGAAGGAACAGGACCCCAGAGAGGCGAGAGCCGAGCGAAGAGGAGGAGGAGGAGGAGGAGGAGAAGGGAGCAACCUACCAUCUUCCACUCCCCGCUUAGCUUAAAGAAAAGUGAGAGGAGGAGAGCGAGGGGCGCCCAGGAGCGGGCAGCCCCGCCGGAGCGGCCUCGCCAGCACCCCCCUAUGAAGAAGAGCUCUGCCCCCCCACAGGGAGGUCCUGCCCGGGGGACCCCGGCCGGCCCGCAGCAGCACCGCCGCCGCCAGCAGGGUGGGGGUAGAGAGCUGAAGGGAAUAACUUCCUCAAAACUGUGCUGUUGUGGAGAGGAAACCAGAAACUAAGGCACUGGAAUCAGCAAAGACACAUCUAGAGAAAGUGGAGAAGGUAGAGAAUGGAGCUGCAGACUCUACAGGAGGCUCUGAAAGUGGAAAUUCAGGUUCACCAGAAACUGGUUGCCCAAAUGAAGCAAGAUCCGCAGAUAUUUUUUCUUUCUAAUCAGAAUGCUGAUUUGAAGAAACAGCUUCACGAACUUCAAGCCAAAAUCACAGCUCUGAGUGAGAAACAGAAAAGAGUGGUGGAACAGCUUCGAAAGAAUUUGAUAGUGAAGCAGGAACAGCCAGAUAGUAAAUUUCAAAUACAGCCAUUGGCACAGUCAGAAAACAAACUACAGACACCACAGCCGCAACCACUACAACAGCUACAGCAGCACCACCAUCAACAGCAGCAGCAGUCUACUGCACCCUCUCCAAACGUGAUUGGAUCACAGAAAACUGUAACUACAGCUUCAAUGAUCACCACUAAGACACUACCUCUCGUCUUGAAAGCAGCAACUGCGACCAUGCCUGCCUCCGUUGUGGGUCAGAGACCUACCAUUGCCAUGGUCACUGCUAUCAACAACAAUCAGAAAGCGGUCCUCAGCACUGAUGCGCAGAAUGCACCAGUCAACCUCCAGACGACAAAUAAGGUCACUGGGCCGGGAGCUGAGGCAGUCCAAAUAGUGGCAAAAAACACAGUCACUUUGCAGGUUCAGGCUACACCUCAGCCCAUAAAAGUGCCGCAGUUCAUCCCACCUCCCAGACUCACUCCUCGUCCAAAUUUUCUUCCACAGGUUCGACCUAAACCAGUUGCCCAAAAUAACAUUCCUAUUGCCCCAGCACCUCCUCCAAUGCUUGCAGCUCCUCAGCUUAUUCAGAGGCCUGUGAUGUUGACAACAAAGUUCACACCCACCUCUUUACCCAACUCUCAGAACUCCAUACAUCCAGUUCGUGUAGUUAACGGGCAGACAGCAACCAUAGCCAAAACUUUCCCUAUGGCACAGCUCACCAGCAUCGUGAUAGCAGCACCGGGUACCAGGCUCGCUGGACCUCAGACUGUACAGAUCAGCAAACCAAACAUUGAAAAACAGACUAUUAAACCACACGUGGAAGCAGAAGAGAAGCAAACAGAAAGUCGUACAGUUACUCCACCUGCUGCACCGAAGCCAAAACGAGAAGAAAAUCCACAGAAACUUGCCUUCAUGGUAUCUCUGGGACUAGUUACUCAUGACCAUCUGGAAGAAAUCCAAAGUAAGCGACAAGAGAGGAAAAGAAGAACAACAGCAAAUCCAGUAUACAGUGGAGCAGUUUUUGAGCCUGAGCGCAAGAAGAGUGCAGUCACGUACCUGAACAGCACAAUGCAUCCUGGGACACGCAAAAGAGGUCGUCCACCUAAAUACAACACGGUGCUGGGGUAUGGGGCUUUGACCCCCACAUCCCCUCUGUCCAGUUAUCCUGACUCCCCUGAAAAUGAAAAGACAGAGACCACAUUUACUUUUCCCGCAGCUGUUCAGCCUGUGUCCCUGCCUAGCCCCAGCUCCACAGACGGCGAUAUCCAUGAGGAUUUUUGCAGUGUUUGCAGAAAAAGUGGGCAGUUGCUGAUGUGUGACACAUGUUCACGUGUUUAUCACCUGGACUGUCUGGACCCGCCUCUGAAAACCAUUCCCAAGGGCAUGUGGAUCUGUCCCAAAUGUCAAGACCAGAUGUUAAAGAAGGAAGAAGCAAUCCCGUGGCCAGGAACUUUAGCAAUUGUUCAUUCAUAUAUUGCAUAUAAAGCAGCAAAAGAAGAGGAAAAACAGAAACUACUUAAAUGGAGUUCAGAUUUAAAACAGGAAAGAGAACAACUAGAGCAGAAGGUCAAACAGCUCAGCAAUUCCAUAACGAAAUGCAUGGAAAUGAAGAACACCAUUCUUGCAAAACAGAAGGAGAUGCACAGCUCCUUGGAGAAGGUAAAACAGCUGAUCCGCCUCAUCCAAGGCAUCGACCUUUCAAAACCCAUAAACUCUGAGGUCAAUUCAGUAGCCAUCUCCAACGGCAUGGACUCCACUAACAAUACUAAUGCUGCCACCUCCACCUUAGCCCCCUCCCCUUCCCAGAGCUGCAUGGUGAACUGUAACAAGGGCGAUGAGACUAAAUAACACAGUGAAGUGCAGAAGGAGCCAAGGGAGGUGGCGGCGAGGAGGAGGAGCAAAAUAACGAAACUCUAGAAAAGCAAAACCGGAUUUCUUCUGGAAAGUGCAGAAUUCUUUAGUUCUUUGGUUCCAGAGAGAGCGUGAAGAUGCUUGUGCCAGGCGGCACCGGAGUUUGCCAAUUGAUCCUUCUUAUUCUGUGUGUACAUGCAAAGUUUGGAUCAUGUUACAUGAAUAGUGCCAGCUGGGGGUUCUUUGCCAGCACCAUGCCAAGUGAAAUAAUAUAUUUACUCUCUCUAUAUUUUACACCAGUGUGUGCCUGCAGCAGCCUCCACAGCCACUAUAGGUUUGUUUUAUUUUUGUUUGGGGUGAGGAGCAGGGAUGAGGGAGGAGAGCAGGUUUCAAAUCCUUAUUUGCAGAACAGUUUGUUUAGCUAGGGGAAAACAAAAACAAGUCCAAAGAGCCUGUGGGCUUUUCCUGUUUCUAAACUCUCAGUACUAUUAAACCAAAAAAACAGAAAUAUAAAUUAUCAAAUCCCAGUGCCCAGAAGGGACAAGUCUAUCAAAUAAGCAGUAUUUACUAUUGUUUAGACAGGAGAUGUACAAAAGGAAAGGAGAUGGACUUUUCACUGAGUAACCAGCACAUGUACAGGCUGAAGAUCUACUGUCCCAACAGCUUUGGGUUAAUCCUAUUUCUUCACAUCAGAUAAAAGACAUGCUUUGCAGAAUUGGUUUGGGUCCUCACACUCAUCCAGAAAGCCUGUGUUGGGAAUGGGAAAAUAGAGGGCCAGAAUCCAGGGUCAGCUUGGAGCAUUGGACGGAGGUGUCCCAAGAGAAAAUGUGCAUCGAUUACUUGAAAAUGAGAUUCCAACCCUUUUCUAUAUUUAUAAACAACAAAAGUAUCCUGAACAAAGUAGCACAUGACCCAGAUGUGUGAACUGAACAGAGAAAUGUCCUUUUCUUUCACUUCCUUUCUCUUCUUUUGGUAACAAGAACUAAAUAAGGAAUAGAAAAGCUGUUUUUCAGGCUGACAGUCUAAUUAAAGAGGUAGAUGGGACCUUGCAUGGUAUAGAUUAGAAGUAAUAGUGUCAGUGAGAUACAGUGAGUCUUUGUGAGUCCUUGUGUCAUCGUUUUGGGCACUGUUUUUUUAUGCAAGGGCAAAAUCUUUGUAUCUGGGGGAAAAAAAAAACAAACAACUUUUUUAAAUUAAAAAGGAAAAUAAAAGAUAUUGAGGUCUUCCUAGUGUUACUUAAAAUAAGAUCAAGGUAAGAAACAUUGUAAAAAAAAUACAAAAGUGCUAUUUGUUUCCUAAACAAGUGAUUUCUAUUAAAAAGGUGUCAGAACU